CUGAGGUAGAAGAUCUCUGUGAGUUUGAGGCCAGCCUGGGCUACAUAGUGAGACCUUGUCUGCCCCCCAAAAAACUGGAAAGGACCACUUGACCAGUGCCUUGCCUGAGACCUUCUGAGGCCAGGUACUGGAAGGGGUCCCAGCCCUGGGUCCCUGGGCAGCACUCAUGGUCCUGCAUCUGACACAGUGGGGGACAGCACGAGACACCUGCUGGGAAGGAAGAGAUGGGAUGGGUGGAGGAGGCGUGCUGUCCCCAAGGCCCACACUCAGGAAGGACGCGAUGGAGACACGGGGUUCAGGAAGAGAGGGGUAGGAGGGGGACCAGGCACAGAAGCAGUGGGGCACUUGUCCUGCAGUCAUGGAGGCAGGGUCCCUGGCCGUGGCCCCGCCCCGCUGCCCCCCACCUCUCCCAGUCGCUUGCCUACCCCUUGAUCCCCGUCCACCUCAGCCUGCGGUGUCCACCUGAGCUGCCCACCCAAAAGGCAGAGGUGCUGUACCCACAGCCACCCGCAGGGGGCGCAGUACCAAACCCCGCAGGCCGGGGCCCUUCCGUGAUGCUGGCGCUGGCCAGGGAAGCUGCGCCCCCGCCCGCCCCUAGUGGGUGCCGUCUGUCCCUGAACGUGGGGCUCCCUGCUGCCGGUCGCCCUCGAGUGUCUCCCGAGUGCCUUAGGGAGGACAACGCCAGGGCGGGGGACAGAAGGGAGCUGCCACGCGUGGCACACCACCACCCUGGCAGCCUGGCCAUGGUGUCCACCUGCCCAGCUUGGCAUGGGCGCUGGGGCUCUGGAGGAGCACGGGUACCAGGGCCAGAGAAGCUAUGUGGCACUCCGGGCCCCAGCCCUGUCCCCGGCCAGUGUCCCCCGAAAGUCCCCUCUGUCCUUCCCUGGUGCUGGGCCCCACCCUCCUUGCCACCCACUCCGUGGUCUCAGGGUGUGGGCAGCGGGCCCGUGGGUGGCCAGCCGGGCUGUCCUUGUCCGCUCCAUCAGCCCAGAGCUGGUCACACUCCCUGCCCGGGACAGGAGGUUCCGUGUACCAGGAAGGGUGUCGGUGGGGCCUGACCCUCCGGGAAGGGGAUGUGGAGGCUGAGGCCCAGCCCCUCCAGGCAGGCAGACAGGUUUGCAAACCGCCCCAGGGGUGCUGAUGCACCAUGGUUCCUCCUGCCAUAUCCCAGGGCGGCAUGGGCCCCCCGAUGUGCCGUGUGGCUGUCCCUGCUUGGAGUCCUGCGGGCCCAGACCUCACUGCUGCUGCCGCUGCCGACCCAACCCCAGCUGAGUGUCUUCCACAGCCACCAGUUCCAGGGAGCCUGGUUUGUCCGAGGCCUGGCAGGCAACAGCUUCAAGAAGCAGGACCGGGCCUUGCUGGGCCCUUACACCACUGUUUUCGAGCUGAAAAGUAAUGGCCACUUUGAGAUGUCCAACUCCAUGAUGCAGGGCAAGCACUGUGACACCUGGUCUUACCUGCUGGUGCCGGCACCCCAGCCGGGACGGUUCACUGUGGACCAUGGAGGGCCCGGCGCUGACACAGAGCAGGUCCAGGUGGUCGACACCAACUACACCAGCUUCGCGCUGCUGCUGUCCCACAGACAGGCGGCCGGCCAGCCAGUCAUCAGGGUCAGCCUGCUGGCCAGGACCUGGACGCUGCCCGCUGGGACGCCAGAGAAGUUCAUCCGCCUGUCCAGAGCGCAGGGCCUCACAGAGGACAACAUCGUGUUCCUGGCCACGGCCAGGGACAGGGCUCACAGGGACUGGCACCGGGAUACGGACAGCCACCUGAGCCGCAGUGCCCACCUCACAGGCUCCAGGCUCUGGAGCCCAUAGGGGUCCAUUGCCAGGGCUCCCUGGCUGGGGCGCUGAGAUGAGCCGUGGUGGAGGCUGCCGAGACCGCGUCCACACCCACGCUCGGUCUCCACCACCUCCUCCCUCUGGGCCCUGUGGACACUCACUGUCCCCACACACAGGGCCCCUGGGCCCCAGCUGAGCCACCACUGGGCCCUGUGUCCUCCAGGCCAGCUACC